AUCUCCAUAAAAUAAUAUACUUUAUGCCCCACUUUAGUUGUACCAAAUAGCCCAAUGUGCUCGUGGGCUACAUAAUCACAAAAACUCGUGGGUAUAUAUGGACAAGAUACUCACAAGCGCUAGGACAUUCUGGGGAGGGCAAGGCAAUGGCAUCCUCUUGCAACCCAUUUAGGACAACAGGUGUCUCCAACUGUAUUAAUGCACUGACCUCUUCGAAAAGGAUUCCACCUUGGAGUCCUUGUAAUGGAGGACGUCCCUGCUCUCUAACGAGUUCCAGAACCCUGAUAAGGUGCAGUGCCGAAACUAAUAAUUCCAAUAUCGCAUUUAAGACUUGCAGGAAUUGCAAAAAGCAGUUUGAUCCACAGCAGAACCACCCUCGUGCAUGUAGCUACCAUACUGCACACUUUGGAGGGGAAACAAGGAGAAAGUUUGAAAGUGUGCACACUGGGGGGACCAUGAAUACACCAGAUGGGGGCAAAAUAUCUCAAUAUUGGCACUGUUGUGGCUCUGAAGAUCCUUUUGAUGUCGGAUGUGUUGCAGCACCUCAUUCUUCAUAUGAUGACUAAGAUUUCAUGUUAUUUGUAAUGGAAAUAGUGAUUCUACCUGGUGCAGAUUGAACCUCUGUUCUCUGCAAGCAAGUCUCAGUAACACUGUUCAGUUUUUCAGUUAUCCCCGUGAUGUAUUCUACUUCUGCAAGAUUAAAAAACCCAUACAUUUUAUGAAAAUACAAAAUGAACAGUAAAUACAUAUUUCUAUUUAUAAGCCCACCAUAUGCAAAACAGAUUCAUCAAAUCAAA